AUGAGCGAUGCCCAACUGCUAGUCGUGGACAACUUCAUGUAUCUGAGCAGCACCCUCUCCCGCACCUCCAAGAUCGACAAUAAAGUGGCCUGUCGGAUUUCCAAAGCCGGCCCAGCGUUCGGCAGUCUGCAAAGCACAGGCGGGAAAUGUCACGGUCUCCACCUCAACAAUGACUAUGAGCGGCAACCCAAACAACUCUUCAACGGAGAUAUCGACACGGGGUUCUCGCCGAAAAGGAGGCCCAGUACGCCUCUUUCAGGAAACUCUGAAGAUUUCCCUCGGGAAGACUUCGUCCGAGACCGCCCCGACAUGAAGUAG